CCAGAGCUGAUGAGUUGAGGGACCCAGGGAGAAAGGGCAGCGAGGCAGCAGGAAGUGAGGCUCCUACUUUGCUCCCUCCUUGUCCCCCGCAGGGAAUAUGAGCUGGAUCUGCUGCCAGGGCAUCUCUGGGGGCAUUGAGGACCUACUGGAUGACUUUGACAUGUGUGUUGCUCACAUGGACUCUCCUGAGGUCGGUCUGGUCAGAGAAGCUCUCCAGCUGUGCCGCCCUGCUGUGGAGCUCCGGAGCAUGGAGAAGAGUGUCCUGUACACCGAGCUCCUGGCUAGGCUGCUUUUCUUUGCUACAUCGCAUCCAGCGGUGAUUGGACAGCUGUGCCAACAAGCCCAGAGCUGGUUCCGUGCCUGCCCCCACCCGAUGCUGGUGCCCUUGGCAGGGUUCCUACAGCCACCUGGUGGCCCACUUCGAGCCACUCUCACUGGGUGUCACAAAGGCAUCACCGCCAUAGCGUGGAGCCUGGAGGAGAAGCUGCUGGUUGUGGGCACCGAGGACGGCGCCCUGGUCGUGUGGGAUGUGGAGGAACAGCAAGUGGUCCACGUUCUGAUGGGACACACAGCUGAGGUGAGGUGCGUGCGAGUGUUCGCCCAAGGGACUCUUGCCAUCUCUGUGUCAAAGGAUCGCACCCUGCGCCUGUGGAGCCUGCUCUCUGGCCAGGAGAAAGUCACCAUCUCGGACAGAGGCUCACCAAAUCCCACAGGGCCUCAGAGCUGGGACCUCCAUGUGGACGAGAUAAACAAAGUCAUAUAUGCAACAUCUGGCACAAAGAUCAACGUGUGGGAUCUGGAAACGUCGAAGCUGGUUUUCUGUAUCUCAGGAUAUGCCUCUGACCCCUGGGUCCGUGUGGCUGUACUGGCCACCCAGGGUGUGCUGCUUGCCGUGUCCGAGGGUGGCGAGGUCACUCUGUGGAGCUUGACAACGGGAAGGCUGCAGGAGAAACGCCAGCUGUCCUGCAUAAAAGAAGAGAUAGCCACCUGUGCUGUCCCCAUCCACACACAGGCAAGGCUGGCCACUGGCUUUAGCAGCGGCUCCAUUGCUGUGGUAAGUGACUUCCCACAGACUGGGAGAGGGCUCAGCCGCCCAGGCUUCGGAAGGUCUGUGCGGAUUUUCUUGGCUGACUCACACGGCUUCCACCAGUUCAUGGCCACAGACCUGGAACAUGAGGACGUGGUGGAGACAGCGGUGUUGGGGCCUGAGAACAACCUGAUUGUCACAGGGUCCCGGGAUGCGCUCAUCCAGGUGUGGAGUCUGUCAGAACAGGGGACCCUGCUGCAUGUCCUUGAGGGCGUGGGCGCCCCUGCAAGCCUGCUGGUCCGGGGAGGGGCUCUGGUGGUGUCUGCAUCCUGGAAGUCUUCAUCUUUAAAGGUCUGGGAUCUCGGGCCCAUUCAGAAGCUGCGGUCUCCGGCUCCAUUUCUGGACCGCACGGGCCUCGCUGCAGUGUCCCACCAUGGCACCUACGUCUACUUUCCCAAGGUCGGGGACAAAAACAAAGUCACGAUUUGGGACUUGGCAGAAGGCGAGGAGCAGGACUCCCUGGACACUUCCAACGAGGUCCGGUGUCUGGAGGUGGCUGAGCAAGCCAAGCUCCUCUUCACGGGCCUGGUUUCGGGGGUCGUGCUUGUGUUCCCCCUCAACUCCAGGCAAGACGUGCUGUGCAUCCCCCCACCUGAGGCCCGCAAGGCAGUCAACUGCAUGUCCCUGAGCAAGAGCGAAGACCGCCUGGCCAUCGCCUAUGACAACAUUGUCCUGGUGCUGGACAUCAGCCCCGGGGACCCCUGUCCCGCCAUCGAGGGCCCCACCUACACCUUUUACACCCAACUGCCUGAGACCAUAGUGAGCGUGGCGGUGCUGGCUGACUACCGUGUGCUCUACGGCAUGACUGACGGUGGCCUCUUCCUGUACGACUGCUCGAGGUCUAAAGUGUUCCCUCUGGAGGCCCACAGGAGCAGGGUGAGCUGCGUGGAUGUCAGCCACGGGGAGCAGCUGGCAGUGAGUGGAGCAGAGGAUGCGCUGCUAUGCCUCUGGGACCUGCGAGCGUGCAGGGGGAUGUUCGAGAUGAGCUACGAGGUGGGUAGCCUGGGCCACUGCCAUCCAUCCUUCCCCCUCCUCCUUCCCAUUAGGCCGGGAGACAGGGUGCUCCUGUCCACAUCUCCCCAAAGCUGGGACUGCAAGCAUGGGCCACCAGGGGUGAGGUGUGCCUGCUUCUCCAAGGAUGACAAGUUCGUGUUCGCAGGCAUGAAGGACCGCUCCAUCAUUGCCUGGAGCGCACUGGACGGCACUCUGUUGGCUGUCCAGUUUGUCCAUGCUGUGGUCAACCGGAUCAUCCCCACCUCCAACGGCUUCAUGGCCCCCACAAGCCACGGCUACCUCAUCCGCGAGCGCUUCCAGUGCCCCUCAGCCAGAGCCUCCCAGCAAGACCCUCUCAAGAACUUCAAGAAGGCAGUGUGGCUGGUCAAGAGCAGGCAGAGGGAAGAGCUGGCUGCAGCAGAGGCCUCCCAGGACGCGGGACCUGCCGCAGCUCUUAGCCUUGAGCCCAUCAUUGGCUCCAUCUGCAAUCGCUGUGGGGACCAAGAGUAG